CCACUCAGGUGCUUGUCCUGCCACGAGACCCCACGCCCGAGCUGGGGCCUGUUCCUCGAGCGUCUCCGAGAAAGGAGCACAGUCCCCUUCCGUUUCCAGACGUUUCCCUGCUGCUUCCCGGCAAAAAGCACCUCCCGCUGGUGGGCCUGUGCGGGUUUCCACUCGUGUCGCGAAAGCUGCCUCGGAUGCAAAACGGGAAGUAGCAAGCAGAAUUCUCUCCCCUUUAAGUUUGAAAAAAACAAACCUUCGCUCCAGAAAUAACGUGCAGCUCUCGUUGAAAUGUGAUGGCGUGCCCUCAUAGGGCUGGAUGUGGCCCUAAAAAUUUCUGGAAAUCCUUGUUUCCUUAGUAUGCUGCGACCCUUUAGAAUAGGAUUCAUUAGGGAUCUGUGAACUCCCCGAAAUUGUUUGGAAAAUUUUAUGAAUAUGUACGAUUUUCUGGGGAGAGGGCAGUGUUGGCUUCAAGGGAUGGUUUGGGAACUUACCUCACCUGUUCAUAAGACUUCUCCAGCCAGCUUUAAGUCAGGCCCAUCACCCCUUCACUCUCAAUAGAUUGCUACCACUAAGACCUUCCUUCAUAAAAACUCAGGAGCUGCUGCUACUGGAGAGGGCCCUCAGAUUUUAAAGGUGCCCUUGAUCCCUUAAGAAGUUAAGAACUAUUUCAAAAGGAGUUCUGAUUUUCUUGUUAUUUGUGUUAUUAAGGUUAAAUGUAAAGGGACUUCUCACUUGCAUUAUGCAUCCGUUGCAUUUUUAAGAUUAUACCGAUUCUGCGACUGUCUUUUCAAGACAUGGCUUACAGAAAUGACAGCCAAAGAUUUGUGGUGUAUGGCUGGGCACAGAUUGGUGUUGGUAUUAGGAGAUCUGCACAUCCCACACCGGUGCAACAGUUUACCAGCUAAAUUCAAAAAAUUGCUGGUCCCAGGAAAGAUUCAGCACAUUCUCUGCACUGGAAAUCUUUGCACCAAAGAAAGUUAUGACUAUCUCAAGACUCUGGCUGGUGACGUUCAUAUUGUGAGAGGAGACUUCGAUGAGAAUUUAAAUUAUCCAGAACAGAAAGUUGUGACUGUUGGACAGUUCAAAAUUGGUUUGAUCCACGGACAUCAAGUUAUUCCAUGGGGAGAUAUGGCCAGCUUAGCACUGUUGCAGAGGCAGUUUGAUGUGGACAUUCUUAUCUCAGGACACACACACAAAUUUGAAGCAUUUGAGCAUGAAAAUAAAUUCUACAUUAACCCAGGUUCUGCCACUGGUGCAUAUAAUGCCUUGGAAACAAACAUUAUUCCUUCAUUUGUGUUGAUGGAUAUCCAGGCUUCUACAGUUGUCACUUAUGUGUAUCAGCUAAUUGGAGAUGAUGUGAAAGUAGAACGAAUCGAAUACAAAAAAUCGUAAAGCCAGGCCUGUCUUGAUGCUUUUUUUGUAUUUUUUUUUCCAUUCUCCUGUUUAAAUCGAGUAAUUAAACAUUUAAAAGCCACAAAAUUGUAUCGCUUUUAUAAUAUUUUGCAGUAAAUCUUCUCUGUUAAUAUGUAAUUGCUGUAAGCUAUAAGGAUAUAUUUAGUUUGCAGUAUAUGAUUUCCAUGAAAAAAUGUCCACCACAUAGUAAAUGGUCACAUGUUAAGAAAAGAAAAAGUUUGUCUUUGUAAAUAUCUUCAAAGUUGUUAUUUGGAACUUUAUUAAAUGCAUGAGGAUAAAGAA